AUGACGGAUCCAUACAUCGACCAAGGGUAUCAGCUGGGUGUGGAUGUCGGCGGUACAUUCACUGAUGUUUACGUCCUCACCCCGCACGGGAAAACCGUUCGAGCCAAAGUCCCGACCACCAUCCUGGAUCAAAGCAUUGGGAUCCAGAAUGGCAUCGCGAAAGCCAGAAAGAUACUUGAAGAGGAGACUGGAUGGUCGGGCGUUUUUCAGUCCAUCCAUCAUGGUACAACGACCGCCACCAAUGCUGUUCUGGAGGGAAAGGGCGCCGGCACUGCGCUUGUGGUGGUCUCAGGUGCUUGGCUACAUUGGACACCACCGGAUCCCAUUGUUCCCUUGGAACGAGUCGUACAGUGCAAAGAGCGCAUGUCAGUCUACGGUGAAGAAGUCACCCCUGUGGAUAUUGACGAUUUACGAAAUGAGCUGCGUGAGCUGGCGAAGCAAAAGCCAGAACCUGUCGCUAUUUCACUCCUGAACUCCCACAGCAACCACGAGCAUGAGCGUGUGGUUAGCGAGGUCGUGCGCGAAGAGCUAGGCUCAGAUAUCGCCAUCAUCUGUUCAGCGGAUGUUCUUCGUGAACCUGUUGUGCAGACUUAUCUCCGCAAUCUCUCAGAGGCACUUGCUGCUGAGAGCGAGACGAUCCGAGUUUUGAAAAGCGAUGGUGUAUUAACAAGCUUAAACCUUGCUUCUGAGCUACCAGUGAAUAUUCUGAUGUCGGGACCGGCUGGCGGUGUCAAGGGAGUGGCCGACGUUGUUUCUCGAAACACUCCAUACAAGAAUCUGAUUACUUUGGAUAUGGGUGGAACCUCGACAGACUGCGCACUGAUUUAUGACGGUAAGCCUCAGCUACGACGAGAGACAGUCGUCGGGAAUCUGUCGGUUCGUUCCCCGGCCGUCGACAUCAAGACGGUCGGCGCGGGAGGUGGCUCCAUCACCACGUAUAAGGAAUUGACUGAGACUCUCCGUGUCGGGCCCGGAAGUACUGGUGCGGUCCCAGGACCCGCAUGUUAUGGGAAAGGUGGACGUCAGGCGAUAGUGACAGACGCAAACUUGGUACUCGGUUACUUGCCCAAAACGCUUCGGGGCGAUUUCGCCCUGGAUGUGGCGGCAUCUAUGUCCGCCGUGGAGGCUAUUGCGUCUCAAAUGAAGCUCCCUGUUACCCAAACAGCCGAAGAUAUCAUCACGAUCAUCAACGAGACCAUGUAUGGUGCUCUGCGUUUAGUUUCUGUGGAGCAAGGAUAUGAUCCUCGCGAGUUUGCACUCGUAGCGUUUGGAGGGGCUGGUCCUUUGCAUGCCAAUGCUAUGGGACAGCUUCUUGGAGCAUGGCCUGUCAUCAUCCCUCCCUCUCCUGGUAUCCUCUGUGCGCAAGGAGACGUUACCACCAAGCUUCGCCAUGAGCAGUUGGCCACCUUUAUUCACCUUGUCUCUGAAAUCACUGCCGAUCAAAUCCGGGGUUUAUAUGAAGGACUUGAAAAACAGUGCCAAGGGACUUUGCAAAAAUCAUCUGGUGAAAACUGGCCCGUCACCUGGAAGGCUGCAUAUCAGGCGGACCUCCGCUAUAAGGGACAAGCUCUCACAAUCACAGUCGAUCUGACAGCCGAUGACUUGGUUGCUGAUACAGCCAAUUGGCAUAAUUUGCUGCGACAGAAGUUUUGA